AUGAUUGCCAUUUAUCAUCUACAACUGUCAUUAUCCAUCGUUCUAUAUCUUAUACUAUCAUCGACAAAUACAAUUGUUCAUACAUUUGCCAAUAGUAAAUUAUUUUUUUAUUAUGAAUAUAUUAUGUUUUUUUUUGUAAGUGUAGGUGCUCAGAGAAUUAAUCAAAAAAUUCUUGUUGGACCUAAUCAUAUUAAUGCAUAUUCAGGUGAAACAAUACAUUUUCCUUGUAUUGUUUCCAAACAAUCCAAUGCUAUUGUAACAUGGUGUUGGAAUGAUUUUUGUACAUUAGGUCGAACACAAUUAAUUCAUCAUGAAACAACAAUUGAUGGUUUAAUAAGUAUUUAUCAAUAUCAAGCCUAUCCAAGAUUUCGAUUAUCAGUUAAUGAACGUCAUAAUCAUUAUAAUUUGUCGAUUAUUCAUGUAUCAAAUAAAGAUGAAGGAGUAUUUCAAUGUCAAGUACAGAGAACAAUGAAUGCAAAUGAAGCACGUUCAGAACGUGUACAAUUGACCCUUAUUGAUCCACCCAAUGGUUUACCAACAUUAAUAAUACCAAGUAUGCCAUUAAAACAAGAACAAUCAGCUAAUAUAACUUGUUUAUCAUCUCCAUCAAAACCAGCAUCAUUAUUAAUUCUAUAUAAAAAUGAUGAAAUUAUAGAUGGAUUAUCAUCAUCAGCAAAACUUUCUUUUGAAUUAAAUACGGAUACAAAUAAAAAUUUAACAAAACUUAUUUAUACAAUUAAUAAUCCAGAUAGUAGUUGGAAUAAUGUACUUAUUCGAUGUGAACAGAUUUAUAAUAUUGAAAAACAAAAUUCUCAAUUAGAUGUUACAGCAAAGAUACAUGUUUAUUAUAAACCAAAAGCACGUAUCGAAUCUCAAAAUCGUUAUCCAUUAACAGCAAAUUCAACUGCAACAUUCCGUUGUAUUGUUCAUGGUAAUCCUGAACCAAAAUUAAGAUGGUUUGCUAAUUCAAUGGAUUUAACUUCAUUGACAAGUUCAAUAAUAAAUAUUCCUCUAUCAAAAAAUGUACAUAAUCAUUCAAUUGGUUGUACAGCUGUAAAUUCCGUGGGUGUAACAAAUACAAGUAUUCGUUUAUUAAUUCGAUAUCCACCAGUAUUUAUUAUUCGUCCACCAAAAAUUGUUGUCUUAGAUUUAAAUAGUAAAUCAUCAUUAAAUCCAACUAUAAUUCGUUGUAUAGUUGAUUCAUAUCCUCGUUCAAAAAUAAUAUGGUAUCGUUAUGGAGAAAUUAUAACUGAAGGAUCAUUAUUUAAUCUUGAAAAUAUAACUAAACGUGAUCAACAAGGAGUUUAUUCAUAUAAAAUCGAAACGGAUGGUUUUGAUACAAUUCAAAAUGAUUUUAUUAUUUAUAUUAAAGGUAAACCGUUGAUUUAUAUCCAAGAAUCUAAACAACAUAAACGAUUAUUUGAAUGUCAUGUUUAUUCAUCCAGUCCAAUUCUUAGUAUAAUAUGGAAAUUAAAUGAUCAAUCUAUUGAAUCUAAUGAUCAAUCAUCUAUAUCAACAACAUGUGAUGAAAAUAUUUGCAUAUCAAAAUUAAUUCAUGAUUAUCGAAAAUUAAUUCCAUCAUCUCAAACUCUUAAUCGUUUAUCAUGUAUAGCAGAAAAUGAAUUUGGUAUUGAACAUAGUCGACUUUAUCAAUUAGAAAGAUCUAAUGAUCCUUCAAUGGUUUUAGUAGUAAUUAUAUUAUGUACAUUUACUUUAAUUAUACUUUUUUCUAUUAUUGCUAUUUAUUGUUGUUGUCGUGCAAGAUAUAUUCGAAAGAAACAUAAUAGUUCAAAUAAAAAAAAACUUCCAAUCGUUUUUGAUGAACAUUAUUCUAUUAAUGAACUUAUUAAAGAAGUUGGAUCGUUAAAAACAUGUAAUACAUCAUUGAACAAUACAGAUCAAUUAUCAUUUAAAAUGGAAUCAACAGACCAUUUACUAACAACAUUAUUUAAUAAAAAUACAAAAAAAUUAUUGGAUGACUUAUCCAAUGAAUCAUCUACAAAUAGUGCAAGUUUUCAUUCAAAAUCAACAACAACUAUAUACAAUAAUGAAUAUAGUCCACGAUUGACUGAAGCUGAUUUUACAUUUUCAGGUAUAUCUCCAUUGUAUACAUGUCCACAUCCAAUGAAUGUGUGA